AUGUUCUAUUGUAUAAUGCAAAAUACUAUGUAUCUACAAGCAGGGCGCCACCGACGGAUCUGCGACCAGAUGGCGGAAGCCGUUCCCAACAGCCUCGUUUGCAUGCCGGACUUUUUCCAUGGCGAUCCUAUUGCCCCCGAUUAUUCCAGCUAUAGCAGCUGGGCGAGCUUGCGGCUGAAAUUGUACAUGCCGAAGAUGCUGUAUCGGAUCAGGUAUCGCUACAGCUGGGGAGUCUUGGCUCCACAGAUCCAAAAGCUCACAGAUGCCCUUGCGGCAAAAUACCCCGAGGUGCCGAUGUUUGCCUAUGGCUUUUGCUGGGGCGGCUAUGUUGUGGCGAAAGCCAGCACGUUGGGUACCUUCCGCGGCGUGGUCGCCUUCCAUCCCUCCGUUCUUGUCUGCAAGCUUCAAUACUCACCGCACGGCCAAAAGGAAGAAGACUUGGCCAAGGAGGUUCGAUGUCCUCAGCUGAUGAUCCCGGCCUCCAAUGACGACCCCCAUGUCAAGCCAGGUGGCGGGUUCAUGAGCAUCGUUACGGCCGCCCACCCAGCGAGCAAGUCAGUCGUCUACGAGAACAUGAUCCAUGGCUGGAUGACCCGGGGUGCCGAUGACCCAAUGUUACCGCAGAAGGAAGGCGCGGAGACCGUCAAGGAGUCCCAG